ACAAACCCCAGAAGGCCGCGCGGCCUCAGCAGCGGGUGCUUCAGUUCCCAGGGCGACCCCUCUGGCUGAAGCUAGACAUCUGGCAUCCGCGGGGUCCUGUAGUGGCCACCGCUUUCCGCACGUUGCUUUCAGCGUCCUCCUUCUCACCCUGAGGCCGCCGCCAUGAAGGAUUCGCUGGUGCUGCAGAGCCGUGUCCCGGCGCACCCGGACUCCCGCUGCUGGUUCCUGGCCUGGAACCCCUCGGGGACCCUGCUGGCCUCGUGCGGCGGCGACCGUAAAAUCCGCAUCUGGGGCCCCGAGGGUAACAGCUGGAUUUGCAAGUCUGUCCUUUCUGAAGGCCAUCAGCGCACUGUUCGGAAAGUGGCCUGGUCCCCCUGUGGAAAUUACCUGGCCUCUGCCAGCUUUGAUGCUACCACUUGCAUUUGGAAGAAGAACCAGGAUGACUUUGAGUGUGUAACCACUCUUGAGGGUCAUGAAAAUGAGGUCAAGUCAGUGGCUUGGGCCCCAUCUGGCAACCUGCUGGCUACCUGCAGCAGAGAUAAGAGUGUGUGGGUCUGGGAAGUUGAUGAAGAGGAUGAGUAUGAAUGUGUCAGUGUCCUCAACUCUCAUACACAAGAUGUUAAGCAUGUGGUUUGGCACCCGAGCCAGGAGCUUUUGGCUUCUGCCAGCUACGACGAUACGGUGAAACUGUACCAGGAAGAGGGGGAUGACUGGGUUUGCUGUGCCACUCUUGAAGGCCAUGAGUCCACUGUGUGGAGCUUGGCCUUUGACCCCAGUGGCCAGCGUCUGGCCUCUUGCAGUGAUGACCGUACUGUUCGCAUCUGGCGCCAGUAUCUACCAGGCAAUGAACAAGGGGUGGCUUGCAGUGGCUCUGACCCCAGCUGGAAAUGUAUCUGCACUUUGUCAGGGUUCCACACCAGGACCAUUUACGACGUUGCUUGGUGUCAGCUGACAGGGGCUCUGGCUACAGCCUGUGGGGAUGAUGCCAUCCGGGUAUUUGAGGAGGAUCCAGGUUCAGAUCCACAGCAGCCUACCUUCUCUCUGACAGCUCAUCUGCAUCAGGCCCAUUCCCAAGAUGUCAACUGUGUGGCUUGGAAUCCCAAGGAACCGGGACUCCUGGCCUCUUGUAGUGAUGAUGGGGAGGUGGCCUUCUGGGAGUAUCACCAGACUGCAGGCCUCUGAGCUAUAGCUUGACUUGGCCAAGACUUUCCUAGUUACUGAGGGGUCGUUUAACUUUAUGCCCUUCUGUUUGGUUGUGUAGAAGCCACAAGACCAUUCACUGUUUCCCUUCCUUGAUGUGAAGGAGCCAUGGAACAGAAGUAUGUUGUAUUUCACAUCUGGUUGAUUUAGGGCAUGGUGUUAACAUAUUUUGAGGGUAAAUACAGUAUUUAUAAUCACUAUGUAUGUAUAUAGGAGAAUGUGAUUUGAGAGCUUUCUGAAAUUGUGAACUUUAUAGAAAUUAUCUGUGCCCACUUCCUGUUUUAUAAAUAAGGUCAUUUAUCACUUAUAAUCCCACUGUUGGAAAUGGGCCCCUUCUUCCCAAUUUUUAGAAUUCCCUCCAUUUAAGACCUGCAAGCCAAGUUAUGGUGUCUUCCUAGUACCUAGUACUCAAUAAGCAAAGACAGGAUGAUCAAAAGCUCAACGUUAUCCUUGGCUACACAGGGAAGCUAACCUGGGAUAUACAAGACCCUUUUUCAAAAAACAAAGACAUUCAAAGUUUGUUCCAUGUAAAAGAACACCUCUGCUCACAUGCCUCUUGAGACAUGUUGUCGUGGCAACUGAACCUCCCCUAAAGAGAGAAUUGGUUUUCAGUGAGGGGCAGAAAAUAUUAAGACAAUAGUUUGUGGCCCUCUUAAACAAACAAACAAACAAACAGCAGGUUGGGUGGCGUAGCAUACACCUAUAAUAUACCACACAGAGGCCAACCUGACCUGAUCUACAAAAUGAGUUUCAGGACAGCCAUAGAGACAGGCCCUAUCUCAAAAAAACAAAUGAGAAAACAAGUAAAAGACAAUGGUGUGUGUGUGUGCACACGCGCGCUGCCAAUCUGUGGUGUUUUUCAGGGCAAAAAGUAAUUAGAAUGUCUAGUGAGCCUUCUAAAUUGUGGUGAGGACUGACUGUCUCCAAAGCUGGAGCCUUCACUUAAUUUUUGAUACUGUACAAUUAUGACCUUAGAUUUCUUGCAGUAUCAAAAGCAGCAGUGGCUAAUGAUCUGCAGGUCCCUGGGGUCCUAGGACCCUUGCAAGGUCAAUGCCAUAACAUGAUCAGGGAGUGGCACCAGUUAAAUAGCCAUCAGUCUUUACUGUCUUGUUCCCACAGUAGGAAUGGAGCCAGCUUCACUUAGACAAGAAAGAUGACUAUUAAACAUUGACCCUUGAGAACUUCUCAUAUGAGAAAAUUCCAUCCAGGCCCUCUGCAAUGAAGUAAGGUGAUCCAAGGAAAAGCAGUUGGACUUUUGUUGCAAGCCAUUCAUGGAAUGCCAUUUUUAUCAGAAAACUAACCAUUUAGGUGUGGCUAUUUAACUGUGUUCCUGAAAAAUGAACACAUUUAAACCUUUCACUAAUAGUGUUUGUUCACUGCUAAUGGUAAAUGUUUAAAAGGUGGAAUUUCUGAAAACUUAUAACAAACUUAAGUGGUAAUUAAGUUAGCAAAUGAGUAGUGAACUGUGUAGAUAUCUUGAGAUCUGUGGAAUUUCAUGGGUCAGUCUCCAAAUGACCAAUGUACUGAUGUGUUGGUCAUUUGGAGAAUGUUAAAUUCAGAUAGUGACUAUAAGAUGGGGUAGUGUGUUUAGUAGUACAAGAUGCAUGGAUACAGCUGUAGACUCUACAUUGCCUUUAGAAAAUUUACACAGUUUUCAUAUAGUAUCAAAGGAGAGCCACAAUUAUUUGACAACUCUAUUCUCUGAAAUUGACAUGCUUCAACUCUACCACACAACAGAUGAGCACAGAUGUGGCUGGCUUCUGUUAAGCCAGGUGUAAAGUGAUUGCAACACUGUACCAUGUUACCCUUCUUCCAGAACUUAUUUUUCCUAAAUAUGUUGAUGAAGUUAUUUUGAAAUGGACUGCUUUAAUUUUUAAUAUAACAACUAUCAGUGACUAUAACCUACAUCAUAAUAAAAGCUUUCGAGGCUGAAGGAGAAA